AUGGGCGACUUUGUGCUCAUCUACGAUCCACUCCUAGAUCGCGGCCGAUGGAAAAUGGGCGAGGUCAUCGGAUCCCGUGAUGGAUUCCGUCGAUCAGCAGAUGUACGGUUUGCUUCUAAGACGGUAAUCACCCGUCCUAACAACAUGAUCUACAAACUAGAGUUGCAUCCAGCUUCUCCAAAAAGGAAACCAACCGAGCAAGCAACGCCAUCCAUUCAUCGAAGACACAACGUAGAAACACAAUGGAGUGGGACUAACAGCACCACGAACUGA